AUGUGGCUAUUCGGGAAUCAUUUGAUCAAGGACAAUGCAGAGCCUUCUCUCCUGAAAGAGGAACCUGCAAUAAACUCAGGUGACUGGAGAAUUCAACUGCCACCUAAUUCACGUCAGAAGAUGGUCAACCAGCUAAUGGAAAUUCUGAAGAAAUAUCUUCAGUACUCAGGACAAAAAGGAGUUGAGGAGCUCAGGAGAAUUGCUAUCAGCUUCGAGGAGUUAAUAUUCAACACUGCUUUAAACAAGUCUUCACUCAUUUUCCCUCUUCUUUAUUCUAUUUUUGCCGACACUUGUGAAAGCAGUGAGAUGAGGAUGGAUGGUAGAAUGGUUGAUUACUUUCGCAAAAUAUCGUUAAAGAGGCAGACUAUGGAAGAGGAAGACUAA